UGGUCGCCGUGCUGGACGCCCUCGCGGCGGACGAGCACGCCGCCCUCGUCAACGCCAAGCACCUCGAGGGAUCCAUCAAGUUUGGCGUCAGCACGCCGCAGACCGAGUGGAGUGCCGAGGCGCGCGAGAAGCUGCAGUGGCUUUUCCCGGGCUAUUUCUGAAUCGCCAUACAGUUCAGUAUAGAUUAGAGAUGUUUUUCAUAUUGCAUAUUAUCAUUACAUUCAUCUCAGACAUAAUUAAGCGUGGUCGCAUUGGAAAGCAAGGACUGCUCGUCGCUCUCCUUCUUCUCCUUCUUCUCCUUCUUCUCCUUCUUCUCCUUCUGCGUCUCUUUCUUCUCCUUCGGGUCUUUCGCCAACUCUUCGAUAAAGGAAGGCAUCACGUUGUUGCCAGUGGGAUUGAUGGCCAGUUUCGGCACGCGUUCGUUGGCAGGCAUUGUAGAUAGUAAGUAGUAUAGGAAGUAUAGUAUUUGUAGUAUAGUGGUAGGGUAGAAGG